GCCACAGAAGCGCCUGGGUGAGCGUCUCGGAUUGCUCGAAAACUUCUCGGAGGCACCACCAGUGGUGCCGAUGGAGGAAACGGAGCUAGAUGCCAAGGACCCGACAGCCAUGGACGAUGACGAUGACGAGGAGCUGGGCGAGUGCGCACAGCAGAGGGAUGUCGACAUGGAACCAGCCGAGCCCUCCAAAGAGGAACAGGCAUCCAGUGACAAGCAGACCGCCCAAGCACUCGAGGAGCUCACCACUUGGAUCAAGGAAGUUUGGUUCGAGGAGCAGCGUGGAACCAUGCUGACAUACGUGGCUGAGCUUCAGAUGAAGCGCCAAGAAGACCUACAACAAGACACGAACAACCUUCCCAAAGGAGAGGACAGCGAUGAAGAAGACGAGCCAGAACGCGGCAACGACAGCGAGGAUCCUCAUGCUGCCACCAUCCGAAGACAAGAGCGCCUCAGGCGCCAGAUCGAGCGGCGAUGGGCCUUCCCCGAAGUGCCCGGAAGGAGGGCGCCACCUGGCGCCAUCGAUUUCGAGGCCUUGCGUGCUAUCAUCCAGGUCUACAAGCUGGAGGACUGUAUCUUAGACCAGGUGGAGCAGCUGCGGGACCUGAUGUGUCAGAAGCUGCGGGUGAGCUCUUUCCAGCAGGGUCUUGACUUCGAGAAGCCUUGCUUCCCUCUGAUCCUUCGCGACGUUCGUUGCGGCAG